UUGAUAACUCUAGCAUCCAUUGUGUGCAGUUUCUAAGCAGAGCUGAUGAGCAGAACUUCAUUAACCUGUAAGUUCGAUGGCCAAUUGGCCAUCCCCCUGGACCCGUAGUAAUUUCUGCAACUGCAACAGUGCAGGAGGCUACAAAUGCCAUCGCUGCUAGAACGUAGAAAAUGAGCAAGCAAAGAAUUGAUGCGUCUGCAGGGGCGGGUACAGCAUACACCCCGGUUCGCUCACUUCUGCACACAAUGUGAGCGCCCGGUGUACUGUGCAGUGUAUGAUGAGCCCUGCACCGGGCACCGCUCCGUAGCCAAAGUCGUCGCCGCCGGCCGGUCUAGCAGCUGACCACUCUGCAUCGGACUAUCAGUCGCCAUCGCCCAGUGCCCAGAACGUGGCGAAGCUUUUAACUCUUUCACCAACCAAUCGCCAAUGCUUCUCAUUACUCAAGUCCUAGCAAGUACUGUACUAGCUAACGUGCAGCGUUACUGCGUAGUUCGAGUAGAGGUCUCGCGUGCACCUAAGUAUGUCACUGUUAUUGUGUCGUCGUCACGUGUUAGGAUGCGUCCUACCAGCCGGCGACAAUGCUGAUCGCGCGGCGAUCGUCUUCUAUUUCCCUCGGCCCACGGACCUCCUCCUAAACCCCCUCUAUAAAUCACACUACCCUCUGGUCGGCGCCACACCCACACUGCCUACUGCCAGUGCCCGGAGGAGUCGCGAGCAAAGAGAGAACCGGGUCCGGGUGAGCAUGGACGUGGAGCACAAGGAUCACCUCCUCGCCGCGGCGCACCGCGUCCUUGGCGUCGCGGUGCUCCUCCUCUGCCUCCUCGCCGAGCUUCUCGUCUUCGCGUUCAGGCGCCACGCGGCGCUGCACCUCGUCCCGGCCUGCGCGAUGCUGCUGCUGCUGUGGCGCUCCAACAGGCGCGCCGCCGCGUCGCCGGACGUUGGCCUCGUCGACUUCUCGUGCCUGAGGCCGCCCCGGCGCCUGCGGAUCCCGAUCCCGGGCCUCCUCGAGCACCUCCGCCUCAUCGGCUGCUUCGACGACGGCAGCGUGGAGUUCAUGUCCCGGGUCAUCGAGGCGUGCGGGAUGGGCGACGAGACCUACUUCCCGCCGUCGCUGCACUACAUCCCGCCGUCGGCCACGCACGCGGACGCCGUGGCCGAGGCGCGCGGCAUGUACCUCCCCACGCUCGACGCGCUCUUCGCCAGGACGGGCGUGCCGCCGUCCGCCGUGGGCGCGCUCGUCGUCAACUGCAGCGGGUUCUGCCCGUCGCCGUCGCUCGCGGCCCUGAUCGUGGGCCACUACCGCAUGCGCGCCGACGUCAGGACGUUCAGCCUCUCCGGCAUGGGAUGCGCGGCGGGCGUCGUCGGCGUGGACGUCGCGCGGGGCGUGCUGAGCGCGCACGCCGCCGCCGUCAGGUACGCCCUGGUCGUCAGCGCGGAGAUCGUCACGGUCGGGUGGUACAGCGGCAGGGACCGCUGCAAGCUCCUCCUCAACUGCUUCUUCCGCACCGGGUGCGCCGCCGCGCUGCUGACGAGCACAACCGGCGGAGGCGGCGCCUCGGUGCCGGCGGCCAGCUGCAAGUACCGGCUCGUCGCGCUGGCGCGCACGAACCGGACGGCCGACGACCGCAGCUACGCGUCCGCGGUGCGGGAGGAGGACGGCGAGGGCAUCACGGGGUUCUCCAUCGGCCGCGGGCUCGGCGGCGUGGCGCGCGACCUCCUGCGCGCCCACCUCCUCGCGCUCGGCCCCGCCAUCCUCCCGUGGCACGAGAAGCUGCGGUACGCGGCGGCGCUGCUGCUGUUCCGACGUGGGCAGCGGAGGUUCAAGAAGCUCCAGCAGGACGACGGCGACGGGGACACCGACGGCCCGAGACCGAACUUUCUAACCGCGGCGAGCCACUUCUGCCUGCCGUCGUCGGGGAAACCGAUGAUCCGGAGGCUGGCGGAGGGGCUCGGGCUUGGUGAGCGGGAGGCGGAGGCGGCCCUGAUGACGUUCCACCGGUUCGGCAACCAGUCGGCGGCCUCGCUGUGGUACCAGCUCGCGUACCACGAGGCGGCGGGGCGGGUCCGGCGCGGCGACCGGGUGUGGCAGCUCGGCAUGGGGAGCGGGCCGAAGGCCAACAGCGUGGUGUGGGAGCGCGUCAGAGGAGACCCGGAGCCCGCGGCCGCGGGCAAUGGCCCCUGGGCCGACUGCAUCGACCGAUUCCUCGUCGGAGAAUCCUAGCAGCAUUGUUCAGCCUAAAAUUGACGGGUAUUUGCGGCCGCGCGAGAUUGACAUUGAUGCCAUAACAUAAACUACUGGCAUGCAUUUUAGGCCUUGUUUACUUGCAAAAUAUUUUGCAAAAUGUGAAUAGUACCAAUUUCGUUUGUA